CCGCACGGCAUGAUGCUGUUCUCUGUUUCGUGAAUCUUUGAAGUGCAAUUGAGAAAUCCUUUCUUGAGGCGGACAGCCGGAGGGGUUUUUUCGAGAGUGUUUUUCGAGUGAAGAUAGUGGUACCUCCCACCCUUCUUAGUAAGGGAGGAAAAAAGACUCCAUUUUUCUUUACGUCUCAAAUCACCGUUGCGGCCAAAGUUGUUUUCCACCGAGAAUGUCAUGAGCAUUACGACCUCUGCUGCCGCGGCUUGACCGACGUGAAGCUUUGCAGCGUGGACUGGGUCAGUAGACCUCGUCCUUUUGCGUAGAGGAUGUUGAGACGAACAGCGGCGCGGUUGCGCCACAUGCACUACGAGACAAUCAACCCCGCGAACGGAUACGAGAGGGUCCCGAACAACAUGUACCGUGUUUUAGCAUUGCAGAAAUGAAAUGAUUUCUUUCGGUGAAUGUGGCAGCUGCAAGAAGACUUCAGUAUUAUUUUUCUUCCCCGAAAAAUACCGCAGACACAACGGCGCCGUGGCAGCGCCCAUGUGGCCAACCAAAGUUCUGGCGCACGAAAUGGAAAAGGGAAUGUAUCUGAGGGGCAGUGGGAUAUGGGGGCCCGAGCACACCGCGGUUACCCGGCUCAUUUUGUAAUACUUUUGGAUUUCCUUUCAGCCCUGCUUGAUUUAAAAAAAAGAAAAAUGUGUAAGUACUCAGAGGACUCAUCUGCCCGUGUCCUACAUGCAGUCAUGCUCCCUCCCUCUCACCAGGUACAAUCGUUUGAAGCAUUGGCGACCGCAGCGUGAGAUGCCAGCUUUAGAAGAUGAACAGGACGAGUACGAGAUGGAUGUCGCCUGUAUGUGGUUGACCAGCUUCGGCUGCGUUUUUGGCAUGUUCAUGUACAUGCGCGGGUGGUGCGUCAAGUACAGUUUCGUUUGCUGUUUUUUUUCUUGUUUCAUGGAUUGGUGUGCGAUAUCAUGUACAUUCGUUUGCGUAUCGAGACUCUUUCGACACUGGUUGCACAUCAACAAAUCAGAUACCAGACCGUGCAUGACGCCUACCCAUGGAACACAGCGCGUAUGGACGGCACAAGAGGUAGUGGUAACGUGCUCUGGAUGCUUGAGUGAGGACAUUCCGAUUCCGUCUCGCGCAACCGUAGGAUACUGCAAAACAUAAAUACUUGAAGUACCUGCUUACUGUACAUACAUCAGAUUUUGUUUCCAACGAACGUUGCUCGCGCCUGCUUGAGUUUUUGACAUCAGUAGAGUUCAGAUGUCCCUGGCUUGCAAACCAAAAGUCGGUCCAGGAGCUUUUUCGAGCGACAAUAAUAACUAGAAAAAGUUUUCUCACGCGCUCAUGUCCUACUUGGC